GGGUCUAGAAAAACUAGAGAUAAGAGCUUUCGAAAAUAAAGACAGUGAAUCAGUGUCAAUAAUAGGCGAAUUGCGGAAAAAAACUGAAAACGCGCCAGAAAUACAUUCGUAUUGCCGAUUCAUCUCCUGCAGGGUGGAAGACAGUAAAUGAGUAUCAGUCCAGAGAAAUUGCCGACAACUCUGACGAUGAGAAGAAAAUUAGAAGCGCUGAAAACCGAGCCCUUAGGCAGCAAAGACAAGCCCAGAACAAGCGUUUCCACCCGUAUGGCUCCUACAGAGCUUCUACAGCGACAGCAGCGGCAGGCUCGGCAGCCCAGCUUACUUCUGGUUCUUCUUCUACUGCUACAUCUCAGCCAUAUACAUAUCAGCAGCAGCCCUUUCGUGGCAAACUCACAAGGCGUCAACCACAGCCCAGCGACGUAUGCUUCAACUGUUUUUCCACUGGACACUGGAAAACCAACUGCCCCAAAAACAAGUCACAAAGUCAAUGAUAAGUAUACAGUUCCGGAUAGACGAAUCGAUGAUGCUAUCUGUUGUCUACAGAAAACUAUCACUCAUUUUCCCGAUGUAACAGCGAGGGAACUUGCAAGAGUAGUGGGGAAGAUCAUUUCUAUGACUCCAGUAAUGGAUAUAUUUAAAGUGGGCAGAUGGACGGGAAUUAAUUUUGGAUUACAGGAUCAACGUCUAGUGGAACUUGCGUCUGAACUACCCAGAUAUUGUGUAACAUCUAAGGCCGAAAAUGCAGCAAAACAGUACAGUCUAAGAUCAGGUGGCGCUACCUCCGCAGCCGCAGCAGGAGUUAGCGACAGACUGUUUAAAAAGCAUGGGCGGUGGAGGUCAGACAAUUCUAAAGAUGGUUAUGUUAAAGAAAAUCAAAAUGAAAAACUUUCAGUUACUAAAAAUUUGGGCAUUUAG